AUGUUCUUUGUUCCACCAUAUGAUGCCAAUGUAAUCCAGGCAAACCAGUUCAUCCCUGGUACUGUUAUCCAACCAGGUGGGGUAAUACAAUAUGCAGGCCAGCCACUCAGCCCUCCUCACCAGAACCCGCAGGUGGGGGGGCUGGAAAAAAUGCUCAAAGUAGAGACUAAAACUCUGGGGGCCAUUCAGAUCAUGAUUGGACUGAUGCACAUUGGCUUUGGGGCUGUCUCAAUGACUCUUUUUGGUCCAAACUACAUUUCUCUGGCUGCAAUGGGAGCUUAUCCAUUCUGGGGAGGAUUAUUUUUCAUUGUUUCUGGAUCCCUUUCAGUGUCAGUUGAGAAUCAUCUGAGCAAGUGUUUGGUGAAAAGCAGCGUGGGAAUGAACAUCGCAAGUGCUGUAAUGGCGUUAACUGGUGCGAUUCUGUAUAUCUCAGAACUGAUGAUAAAUAAAAAAUCUGCACUUACAAAUCCUGCAGGUGUUGGUCUUGGUUUUCUACUCCUCUUCUUCAGUUUGUUGGAGUUUUGCAUCACUCUUUCAACAGCACAUUUUGGAUGCCAAGUUGCGUGCUGCACCAAUGACCCGGUAUGCAUUUGA